AAAAUUGUGGUGGAGAAAAAAAAUUAUUAUGAACAACUCCGAGCUUGUAUUCAUUCCAUCAUCCGGGCUGAGCCACCUCAUCCCCACCGUGGAGACGGCCAAGCUCCUCCUCCUCCGCGACAGCCGCCUCUCCGCCACCGUCCUCCUCCUCCCUCCCUUCAUCAAAGACCCCAACGCCGAAACCUACGUCGAAACCACCUCUUCCAACCCCACAUUUUCCCCCCGACUAAAAUUCAUCCACCUCCCUCCCAUCCAACACUCAAACACGCAUUUCUUCGAGCAGUUCGACUGCCAAAUCCCCAACGUCCGCCGCUUAAUCUCCAAGCAGAAUCCCCGCCCCGCCGCCGUCGUGCUCGACCUCUUCUGCACGGAGUUCGUCUCCGUCGCCGCCGAAUUCGGCCUGCCGGCGUACCUCUUCUUCACCGGCGGCGCCGUCUGCCUCGGCGUGCUCCAGCACCUCGUCUCGCUGCGGUUCGACCGCAGCGAAGACGUCACGAGGUACAAAAACGCGGAGGUGGACUUGCACGUGCCCUACCUUUCGCUCCCGGUCCCUGCGAAGGUCCUCCCCGCGGUGACCGUGGAUGAGAUCUUCUUCCCGGAGAUCUUCCUGAGCCAUUUCAAGAGAUUCUCGGAGACGAAGGGCGUUCUGAUCAAUACGUUUUACGAUUUGGAGCCCUAUGCGAUCGAGUCGCUCUUGUCCGAUGAUAGGACGCCCGAGAUCUACCCGGUCGGGCCGGUUUUGAAGGCGGAGAGCGCGUUUGUUGAAGAGGAUGAUGAUGUGAAGAAAUGGCUCGACGAUCAGCCGGAAAAUUCAGUUGUCUACUUGUGCUUCGGAACCGUCGGUGUGUUUGAUGAAAUGCAAGUUAAGGAAAUCGCCAAGGGUUUGGAGGAGAGUGGGGCCCGUUUCUUGUGGUCGUUGAAGAGGAGAGAGAAUUUGGAGGGAGAAGUAACCGAAUUUUUGGGGGGUUUUUUGGAGAGGACUAAAGGGAUUGGGAGGGUGAUGGGGUGGGCCCCGCAGGCGGCCGUGCUGGCGCAUCCUGCGGUGGGGGGGUUUGUGUCGCACUGUGGGUGGAACUCGACUCUGGAGAGCGUGUGGUUUGGGGUGCCGGUGGCGGCGUUUCCGAUGCAUGCGGAGCAGCAGCUGAAUGCGUUUUAUCUGGUCAAGGAGAUGGGGAUGGCGGAGGCGAUCACGUUCGAUUAUCAGAUGGAUUUUACGGGGGUGAAGCCGCCUGAGAGGGUCGGGUGGGAGGUGAUCGCGGGGGCGAUAAGGCGGGUGAUGGCGGAGGAGGGAGGGAGUGGGGUGAGGAGGAAGGUGGAGGAGAUGGGGAGGAAGGCUAGGGAAGCUUUGGUGGAGGGUGGAUCUUCUUACAAUGCUCUCACUCUUUUUAUUGAGGAUGUUAUGAGAAAUGUGGAUUGAUUAUGUAUUUCAUUUUCUUGCAAUUUGAAUUUGAAGUUUGGUAUUGCUAA